AUGGUAGUAUAGCAAUAACACUUCCGCUUAAGUUUUUAAAAAGUAACACUAUUAGUGGUACUUUUAUACUUGUCAGCCUCUCCAGUCCUUACAUUAAACUAAGAAUCAAAAUAAGGUGACAUUAAAGGAAAGAAUUCAGAUGAGUUUAAUAAUGUAUUUGAGACUGUAAAGACUGAAUGGUAAGAAUUAGGAUAAGAACAGUCUAGCAGUAGUAUUCGAUAGAAGAUAAACUUGAGAGCAACUGAGUCUCCAGUAAAGCCAUGGGUAGAUAGAACUAAUUAACAACUGUAUCUAUCUUAUGGAUUAGCUUUUGCUCAAGGAAGCAAUGCUAAUACUUACGCUGCCAAUGCAACCAACUGCUUAAGGAGGAGCUUCGACACAUAUUAUCAAUAGACUUUGUUAUUAUAGUGGAGGUAUUAUUAUGGGAACGUAGAGGAUCAAAUCUAUAAUAGCACUAAAUUCGUAAGCACCGUCACCAAUAAUGUUAUGAUUUGCUUUGAUGCUUUUGAAAAUUAUGUUUACUACAACGAAUAUCGUUUUUCUCAGUUUUCAUCCAUGACAUCAGUGCUAACAUCAUUUUUCCAAAACUUAAUUGGUAAUGCCAUUGUUUUGACGAGAUAUCAAAAGACUUUGACUGAUGCAAUAACUAAAAAUAAUGUUACUUCGUUGUUUGAAUAGGCAGGUAAGCUAGCUAUUCUCUUGCUAGACUUCCCUGAGAUUGAAAGCGCUUCUCUUUAAUCAGCAAAUCCAUUCUAUAAUGAGGAUAUAAAUCAACGAUAAGAAGAGGAUAAAAUUUUAAAUUCUGAAGAGCUAGUACAAGAAGUUGAAACUAAUUUACAAACAGAUUUCGAAUUAUAUGAUGAUGAUUUCAUUUCUGACUAUUUAUUGAAGGAGGCUCAUCCAAGACUUAAAGAAAGUAAAACAGGUGCAUAACAAAUGCUUUCAGCAGGUGGAAUCGUAAGUUUCUUAAGAGGCAUUGCAAAUGGAACUAAGACUUUAAAAACUAAUAAUAUGAGUGUAUGUGAGAAAAAAGUUUCAGAUAAAUGGGACAAAAACUUUUUGUUAAUGGUCAACUAAACACAGAGUGGUUUAGGCUUUAAAGUAGGCUGGACCAUUCUAGAUAUGAUCUAUAAUGUUAAUAACAUCACUUAGUCAUGCUAUACUGGAUUAAAAGAGAGUGCACUUGGUCUCGCUGGCUACGUUAAAUUGUAAUAUCCAAGUAAUGUUAUCGAUAAUGUUGUUUUCAACUUUGGUAAUAUUUUCGAUGCCCUAAGAGACACCGUUUUAUUCUUCGCAUCCUCAUCAAGAGGAGAAUAUAAUGUACCUUAUGAAGCUGGUGAAGGUGUCGGGCAUGCGAUCUGGUAGAUUAUCAAGCCACCUACUAAUCCUAGAAAGGAUAAACCAUUUUGA